AGUACAGUGUAGUGGAGGCUCAGCAUUAUUCCGUUGUCUUCCUUCUCCGUGGUUCAGUCUCUUUUUCUCCUUUCUCUUUCUUUCACUGGAAUUUUAACCUAGAUCAAAAGAUGACGGUGCUGUGAGAAAAGCGUGAGAGAAAGAGAGAGAGAGCGAAAAGUUCACAAAUCAUCCAAGGAGCACGUGAAUUCCGACAUGAAACGUCUGAGGUUGUAACCCACGACGACAACUUUGGAUCUGUCGUUUACAAACAUAGCCGAUCUUCGCUGUAAACCAAGCUUUGCUGAAACGACCACACACUUUCUCCUCACCGUUUACUGCUCGCAACUCUCUUGUUUUUUCACAGCUUCUGUGUUCUGCUUUCCCUGUUAGUGUGAGAAGACCGUUACGCGGCUGAGGGUAAUUUUAUCACCUACCUUUUUUUUAUGCGUGGUGGAAUCGAUUGUGCCACGGGAAAAUCGGUCCUUGCUACUGCGUAGUGCGUAAUCAAUUCUGCAACACGCCAAAGACAAAAUGGAAUUGUUUUUGUUUGGGGGAAAUUUGGUUGACUUAUGUGGGAAUGUUGAUGCUGUGAGUAGUUCGUAGGUACUAGCUAGUUUGGAAGUGGUUUUCUUGCUUCAGCUACGUGAUGAGGAAUUGAUUUGUUGAUGUUCGAGGUUGUUAUUCCAAUUUGUCGAGCAUGGAUAAAGUUUCAUCCGACUGUCCAUACCCCGGAUGCUUUUUUUGUGUCAUGAAGGAAGGGAAUCCGAGCAAGCGCCGAGCUAGUGUACUGAAAUUCUUUAGAGAGCUUCCAAUUCAAGAUGAUGAUGGUCAGGUUCUCCCUAUCAGUGGCCUUUGGAACACGGCUAUGGCUCAUCCAAAUGACCCAGAAUUCAUAGAGCUAGGAAUUUUUGAAUGCAUGGCUGCUCUCAUAUGGAAGGGACUGAAGAACCGGCGCUGGCUUUCUCAUGAUCAAAAUAUAUACAUUCCUUAUUAUGCAGCUCAUAUAAUUGGUUCCUACACUAUGAAUAUGGAGGAAUUUGCAGAAAGUGCUGUGCAUGCAGGGGUCAUUCCCCCCUUGGUUGAGCUUUUAAGAGGCAAAUUAACUUGGGUUGAGCAGAGGGUGGCAGUUAGAGCAUUGGGACACUUGGCUACAUAUGCCAGCACUUUUCCUGCCAUAGCAAGCAAUGGUGAAAUUCUUGAGCUCUCCAUUCAAUUGGCAAUGAGUUCCCUGGAAAUAGUUUAUUCAUACUUCUACCAAUAUGUCGAUAGAAGGCUUAGUUAUCAUUGUGAUCUGCUUACGCGUGGUAUGGGAGGUGUUGAAAUGGAGUCCAGGAAGGCUGAAGAGUGGGCAAGUCAGUUGCAGUGUUGGUCCCUUCAGCUAAUUAAUUGCUUUGCUUUUAAACAUGAAUUUCUUCCUACCAUAUGCAAACCAGAAUUUCUGAUAAAAUUACCUGGCAUGUGGGGUGGACUUGUGAAUGAGAAUUCACCAGCUGGUAUUGGCUUAUUAAGAACAAUUUGUCAUCAAAAGCUUGGUAGAGGGCCUGUUGCCAGUUGCCCUGGUAUUAUUGACGCAUUGUGUAAUAUUGCUCGCUCUUCAGAUGACUGGCAGUAUAUGGCUAUUGAUUGUCUUCUAUGGUUGCUUCAAGAUCUCAAUACAUGUCACAAGGUGAUUGAUAAAGUGGUGCCUGUAUUAGUUGAUCUUGCGGAGAUUACAACUCUGGGUGAUCACAAAAAGCUUGGCGAUUCAAUUGUUAGUGUUCUUCAAGAGUGCAUCCAGUCUCAAGGGUCAGGUCGAAGCUCCAUUAGUAGUCGUACUAAAGAACAGAUUGAGGAUAUAUUAAAUUCAAAGCAGAGAUUGAAGUGGGAAAAGAAUAUGCCCAAGGAAGAUCUACAUAUUAAGCAGGCCGCUGCUCUGGUUGUCAAGCUUGAAGGAAAUUCCUUGUUCUCAUCUGGAAAUAUUUCUGGAGCUGCUUCAAAAUAUUCCGAAGCUUUGGCACUGUGUCCUAUGAGAUCUAGGAAGGAGAGAGUUGUUCUAUAUAGUAAUCGUGCUCAAUGCCAUCUUUUGCUGCAACAACCUUUGGCUGCCAUUAGUGAUGCUACCCGUGCACUAUGUCUCCAUAAACCUGUCAAUCGUCAUGCCAAAAGCCUUUGGAGACGAGCACAAGCUAACGACAUGCUUGGAUUAGCGAAAGAGAGUUUGUUAGAUGCUAUUUUAUUUAUAAACGAGUGCUCUCAGUCAAACGAUCCUGAUCUUUCAUUGAGGCAAAAUAAAGUUCCAGAUUAUGCAGAGCGUUUAGUUAAGAAGCAGAUGCGUGCUGCUUGGUUAUUCCGAGAGGCAGCUGUGAAGCAUGGUGGGGUCCAUAGUCAGGGUGAUGGUGGUGAUAUGUAUGGUCCAGAGACUGAUGAUUCUGAAUGGGAGACAGCUAGUGAAAGUGAUAUAGGAAAUGAUGGAAGGGAUGAUAUGGGUGAUGAUGACGACGGUGAUUGGAAUAAUGAUGAUGAUAGGAAAGAUUAUGACAAGCCUUCAAUGAAAGAUAUAAAGCAUGGAUACAAUGUGCAGCUUGCGGAAGAAGAACCUUGACAUAGAAAUCCUUGCAUUUGGUGCAGUAGUUCUCCGGCACGAAUGAAACAGGGUUGGAUGCUGUCACUAUUCUAAUUCUACAUGCAUUGUGGGCUUUCAAAGAGAAAAUUCUAAGCCGGUCGUUGUAGUAAGUGGCGGGUUGAAAGUGAUGACUGAGUUUUUGGUCUUACUAUUAUUUGAGGUUGAUAUUUUAUAUAAAGUUUUCCAUGUUCCAUAUUUGUUCUCCCCAUUUUUCUAGUCAAGUGUAAAAAUCGAAGAUUUCUAGUUUGGAGAACUGCAUAGCGUUUGGAGGAUGUGAGUUUUUUUUUUUUUUUACGGAGGUUUGUGUAUAUAAACCCUUUGUGCUUAAGCUUUCUUUGAGUCUGUUUCCACUAUUACUUUACCAUUAUUUUCAUUGCAGUUUUCUUCAUCA